UCAUGUCAUAUGACGUCAAGGCUAACAAUUGGGAAUACCUUGAUUGGAAUUUUCCGCCAGUUCCUGAAUAUUGUCCAAGGAAACUUGUUCGUUUGGGAUGCAGUCAUUAUCUUCUGAUUGUUGACUUCGCUCCAAUGUGGCAUAUUUAUGAUUUAUCUAACAUGAAUGUUGUGGAAACGGUGGAGGUGGAUGGUUUGGACAAGACCGCAGAAGUAAUGUAUAUUUUUUGUUGCCACAACACUAGCGAUGAAAGUUUGAUUGAUAUGUUCAUGGAACCUGGAAAUGUUUUCGAGGGAGAGCCAUCUACUAACACUGGUUCUGGGGUUGUUUCUUAUGCCAGAGUCAAGCUCCAACUCAAAACUUUUUCUGCCAAGAUUGAAUCCAAGGGUAAUUUUAACCUUGGUGAUUAUGUAAAUCUUUAUAUGUUUGCUGUUGGAGAUGAAGACCAAUAAUUGUUUCAAUCUUGACCUCCAAACUAUCAAUGAUGAUGGGGAGUUAGAAAGCGACCAAGAUUAAUUGUGUUAAAUUUGUUUAGUGACUAGACAUUGGUUUUUAUUUCUUUCUUUUUUAUCUUGUUUGACAUUGUAUGUUUCUUGUGUUUUUAGUUUAUGUUCAGACGUGAUCAUAGUUGUAUAAAUUUUAAAAAUUAAUCUUGUUUGUUAGAUUCGAA